GUUGGCUCGUUUGGGGACGUCGCUCCGCCCCUCUGUGUUUGUCGUAAACCUGGCGCCUAGCUAGAAUAAACCCCAAGAUAAGAGCAUACACUGCCUUCGCCUCCUCCAAGGCGAUCAAUUGGGUCUCGGACAGAGUAGGAGAAACUCACUCCACACAUAAUAUCGAGUAGUGGAGAGGAAAGGAGCGCAUCCCCAAAAGCUGCAUAGCGCACGACCACCAACGGCACUCUGGGAAGACUUUCUCUUCUAACCCUGCGGGCCCGAAUCAUGUCCUUGAGCCCCAAGCACUCAACUCCGUUCUCAGUGACAGACAUUUUGAGCCCGAUCGAGGAGACGUACAAAAAGUUUGGCGGCACCAUGGAUGGAACAGGCAACCUGGCUUCUCCGCUCGGCGCGUACCGACAACCGCAGGUGACUCAGGCGAGCAUGCAGCAGCACGCCAUGGCGCACAACUCUGCCGUGGCCACCACCUAUCACAUGCCCCACGGGGUGUCUCAGUUCACCCACACGACUAUGGGGGGAUACUGUAACGGGAGCAUCGGUAAUAUGGGAGACCUCCCGUCGUACCAGGAGACCAUGAGGAACGGCGCAACAGCCACCGCUUGGUAUGGCGCAAAUACAGAAAGCCGUUAUCCAACUAUCUCCAGAUUCAUGGGCGCAUCGACUGGGAUGAACAUGGCUGGCAUGGGGACUUUGACCGGCAUGGACGCCACCAAAUCUAUGGUGGCAAUACACGCAGCUCCACGACGGAAGCGCAGAGUCCUGUUCUCCCAGGCACAAGUAUACGAGCUGGAGCGACGCUUCAAGCAGCAGAAGUACCUGUCCGCCCCAGAGAGAGAGCACCUGGCCGGCAUGAUCCACCUGACACCGACACAGGUGAAAAUCUGGUUCCAGAAUCACCGCUACAAGAUGAAGCGCCAGGCCAAAGACAAAGCAACGCAACAGCUCCAGCAGGAGAGCGGCGGUUUGUGCUCACAGACGCAGUCGCCAAGGCGGGUAGCGGUGCCCGUCCUGGUCAAGGAUGGCAAGCCGUGUCAGAACGGCUCCAACACAUCGACAACGGGACAUCAGCAGCAGGUGCAACAACAAAGCGUUUCCAGCGACGUGAUGUCUGGCAAUACAAUACUACAGCACCAAGGCCAGGCAGUGCAUUCACUGGGCUCUCCAGAAGACCUGGACGACAUGUCACCCAGUCCCCCACUCUUGCACGGGCAGCUGGGCAACAUGUCUCAAACAGAUGCCGCACUGAUCGAGUACACUAGCACCAUGGUCAACUCCAACCUGCUCUACGGCAGAACUUGGUAGAUUUUGGUGGCAAAACUGCAAUAAUCGUCUCCCAACCCCAACCUUUUUUUUCCCUAUUCCCAUUUCACCCACUUUCCUUGUGACAUCUUUUAAAGGAUGCUUGGGCAAUAUUAAUGGAGAACUCAUUAUCUGGACGCGAGGGCAACCGACCAAUUUCUGCAUUUCUUGAAAAUUACCGGAGACUUCACCGUUUGCCAACGUGUACAUGAGACUUUUAUCUUGUAUCCGUCCCUUUGACAGAUUACCAUAUACAUUCCUGGCGAUAACUAUUCAUGCAUUUUUCUCAUAUGGGACUGGGGGACAUUUAAAAACGUUAAUGAAACACUUACAAAGCCAAUUUUCAACUAAUUGUUCUACCUGACGAGACACUGAACACUUCUUUUUAAUGGGGCUUUUUGGGAACUGUACAGAACUGGCGCCGGGGAAAAAAAUGCGCAUUUCUGUUACGAGAUAUACACUGGUGUUUUACUUCAAAUAUUUUGUAAGUUAAUCAUGAUGCUAUGGCUGCUGAAAUACCUAUAUAUUGGAAAAAUCACCACAUUUUAAAUAUGAUAAUAAAUAAUGUGAUUGAAAGUUGUCCCUCUUUGUUUAGGCUGUUCAUUGUGUAGCCUGAAGAGAAUUAGUUUGAUCUUAGGCGUCAGUCGACUUCUGACAAACUUGCAUUCGAUAAUGGAAAUACAGAUUAGAACUACGAAAUUGGCACAGCUUUCGUUCAAUCCAAUACAAUAUGCCUGGCCAUAUUCAGGAUAAAAAUUAGACCACGAUUUAAAUUAUAUAUGUCUAAUCGUGCCAAAAUGGUCGAAAAAUGAUUUGCAAUCUAGACGGAACAAAACGGUAGUUUAGGCUACUUAACAGUUAUUUUCGCUUAAAAAUAAUUCACAUUUUGGAAGGAUGCUACCAUCUGAUAUAAGAAAAAGCAUCCUCUGUAAGCCUGCACAUUUUGUGUAGCCAAAUACAACCCAACCAAAUUAAUCACGAUGACGCAAAAAAGUAAACCCAUUGCCUACCCCCCCCCCCCCCCCCAAAUGUGUUACUAAAUGAAAAAUAAACCAGAUAACUUCACAUUUUCGCAGACACU